AUGGAUUUCAGAAUUGUCAUUGAUGAAUUUACAAGACUUAGUAUGGCGGCAAGCCCUUUGAUCCCGCUGAUCGGAUGUUCUUAUACGCUUUCCGCAUAUCUCAUUGCUCUAAUCAUCAUAUUGUCUUUGGUUUGUCGGAAUUGGAAGACCUUGGCGUUGCCCUUACGAAUAUGUAUGGUCGAUUGGAUUAUUUCGUCCUUAUCUGUGGUGCCUUUCAUGUCUUAUAUUAUUUUCUGGUGGGAUGGAGCCGGUAAGUUAGUUAUGAUUAAAUGAAACAAUCAAGGGUAUGUUUAGAUUCUCUCUAUGAUAUGACAGUGAUGUUCUGGGUCGGUGUUCCCUACUUUAGCAUUGUUUCGCCAGUAUCAAUUGGUGUUUUCUCCCUGACACUUGAUAGAAUAUUUUCGCUACUCUUGCCAAUUCAUUACAAAAAAGAAUACCGGUAUCUUCUUCAUGCAAUAAAUCUGAUCGUCCAGUUAAGCUUGUUCUUGGUGAUAUUUUUGCUCGAGAGAACGGACACGGCGCCGCCGAACACUUUGAAACGUAAGCUGAGUCACCGUUUUGCCAAUGAACGAUAUUUCAGAUUGCAUGGCUGUUGGAUGUAUGACAGCACAUUCGGGUGUCUACAUAUCGCAGUUUAAACUAGCGGUCGGAAUCUUGAAUACGACUGGUGCCAUUGUUUUUGCUGUUAUUUUUGCCAGAUUCAGUCGACGAAGGGUAGUGCCAACAAAGGAGUCAAACCGGCGGAGUCAAAGACAGGCCAAUUUCUUGGCAGCUAUCGCUGUAGUAAUGGAAUUCUGCUUUAAUUGCUUGCCGAAUAUUGUUGGCUUGGCAUUUCAAACAGUAGGUUUCUUACAAUUUCACAUUGGUUAGAGGCUCUAAAAAAAACUCUAACUUAGAGCAAAAGAGUAAGUCUGGAGGCCCAAGUUUUAGAAUUGAAUUAAUAAUAUAAUUAUAAUACUUUUUCGGGUUUUGUUCUACUUACUAAUGACUUCAAUGUUGCAAUAUUUAAAAAAUCAAAGUUUAGUUAUGUCUUGACCUAACCAUUUGUUUGUAAACAAGUCAUCAUAACUUUUCCAUGAUUCCAGAUCUAUGGCGUUCUGCCCAGCGGAGACAUUGGACCUUAUCUCUCGUACUUCCUUGGCACAGAGACCCUCUGCAUUUCUUGUUUAUACCUCCGUGUCCUCGGCAAUCCUUACAAAAAACCUCGCAAAUCGACGCUGGUCACAAUAGCUAAGGCUUCAAUCUCGCGACCAAUGCCAGCGACAUCUUCAACAAUAUAG